AUGUUGGGCAGGGCUUCAGCUUCGAAUGUGAACGGCACAGUUCAGCGCUCAACGAUGGACGACAGUGGGCAUGGCUCCAGCCUCCAAAGUCGGUUGAAGACCGAGUUCGACGAAGUCAUGCAGAGCAGUAUGCAGCGGCGUUUGUCGCGCCUACGGGAAGAAGUCGAUGCGCUCUGCAGUACAUUGCAGCCCUGUGGUAUUACACCCAACGGUUGCGAUAGCCAUCGACAGGUGGCAAACGUUGCGAAAGUAUCUGCAACAGCUUCGCCAGACACGAAACCACUGUGUGAGACGGUUGCCAAAGCUUUGCGCCGUGCCAACCGGUGCGCACUGGAGCAGACGAAGCAGUACGGCCCUUCAGAGCAGCAGGUGACAAAGGCAGACCCACCAGAGAAGGAUGAAGGCCUUGUUAUGGAGGGCACUACCUUGCGCUCUUCACUGUCCAGUCUGGAACAGUCGCUGGCCUCACGGGUCAAGCAGAUUGGCCACUUAACUGAACAGUUGAAGGCGUGCGAAGCCACCCGAGAAGAGAGGGCACGUCAAGCGGAGGAGGCCAAGUCGAAGAGCUCUAUGCUGUCCGGUGACCUGAGCCUGCUUUUGAAAAUUUGCCAGUUUCACCUUGAGAAGAGGCGCGAGCGAGUGGAGCGGAUGAGCAAGGACACCGCAUUCCAAAAGCAGCAGGCGAAGUAUUAUAAGUCCUUGGCGCACCAGCAGCGGGCUUUCUACCUCCAGUCCGAAAGGAUUUCGGCAUGUGGUGGGAAAGACGCCAUUGCUCGACACAAGGCGGGCGAGUUGGCCUUGGUGUCCCAGCCACCUACCUUGGAGGACGACAACACCCAGGAGCUGUUUGAUGUGGGCACAGCUGUCGCCAACCCAUACGUGUGUGAUUCGUGGCCCUUCGAGCCAAACGUACUGGCAAAGCGGACGCCGCAGGAGUCUGCAAUGCCAGCGUUUGAAGAGGAGACCGAGGAGGAUCUCCGAGAGGCGGAGCGGGGCUUCCGCACGAACCCUUUCCGUGGUGCGGGUGCGCGCGGCUUCAACCGUGGCUUUGAGGACGACGACGAGUACGACCGUCGGCCGAGCAGUGCGAGAAGCCUCUGA